AUCGGCACUACUUGCGGGACUCGGGAAAACGACGCUGGAUAUUCGCUGACUCUCGCCGUCGUCGUCUACGACAGUCUCAACAAGACGUACAUGAACGAUUACUGGAAUGGUCGGUGUCUUUGGCCUCGGCAGCAAGAGUUCCUCGUCUGGCCAAUCUAAAUCCGACUCUAAUACACAUCCACCCCCGCCAUACUCCGAACCUAAUUCUUCCGUAUUGCUGGCCGAAACGACGACGACGACCACCCAUGUAGUGACCACGACCCAAACUACCACUCAUUUCUUUUCUCUUCCCCUAUGGCGCCGGCGCGCUGCUCCUGUAUCCUCGACUGCCUCGGCGCGACAUAGUCUUGUCGAAUCCAAUGCAGAUGAGAACGGUAUAAUUAUCAGCGGUCCCACUGGCCCAUCCCUAAUGCUUGAGAAGGCUCUUCCUCCCAUUCCAAUGGACGUAGCGAGCAGUGCUGGUCCGCUUGCAGCAACUCCUGAGACGGAGGAGGAUGCAACCCUGUCGCGCGACUCCACCGGCGUCUUCCCGCAUUCGCAGUCGACGUCCUCUGCAGUCUCUUCUCCCCGCAGUAGAUUGAGGAAGCCAUCGAGACCUGUAACCUCUCCUUCCGCGUCCCAAACCCUUGCCCAAGCCUCAUUAGGACUGGGCCUCCCUCAUGUUCUGCCCCAGGCCGCCACCUCUUCCUCAUCCGAGGUCAAUUCCGUCGCGUUUGUUUCGGCAGGUUCUGAUAUCCCUCGUUCGGAUCUUCGUCGCGCAAAGAGCUACCGUGGCUUGAAUUCCAUGAGUAGUGCCGACGAUGUGUCGGAUGAUGGGCACCGUCGGACAAGAGGUGUUUCUCUUGGACCGUACAAUACCCCCAGUCCAGGAACCGGGACCGAGGGGAAAGGCAAGGGAAAAGCAGCCGGUGACGAAUCAUCAUCAUCUACUUCACGACCCUUGUCGAGGAAGUCGUCCUUCUUCUCUCGCAAAAGAAACGAUUCCGACAAGCGUACCGCUCCCUUGCCCGUUUCGACUUCCAACUCUUCCGGUAAUCUCAAGCCCUCGAUAUCACCCUUACACCCCGUUUCUCCGUUGCGUGUGGAUAUGUCCAAUGAGCCAUGGUAUCCAGAGUCAUCUACCUAUGAUGACCGAAGUACUCUUCGUCCUCCAGGUCUCGUUCGAAGACACUCCGAACGCAGUGGUCAUCUUCCUUCGCCUCCUGCGUCUCCACCGUAUGUCACGGUGGAAACUCCUGCACUACCGACCGCACAUUUUGCACCAGACCAACGUGGGUCUUCGAAAAGCCAGAGUUUACGACGUCCUAGAACAGCCGACUCCGCUUCCCGCUCACGUUCACGCUCUUUAUUUCUGGAUUCAACAUUCGCUUACGCUUCUACGUUGUCUCCUCCACCUAUUCCCUCGAUGCCUUCGAUACCCGUUGAAAAGGACGCAAGCUCCGGACAUGUAGCUAUGUCCCCCCCGAGCUCUAGACCGUUACCUAGGACCAAGACGGGCGGGAAUCCACCGUUACUUCAUAGAUUGUCUAUGAACUUCUUCUCCUCUUCACCUAAGCACAACUCCAUCAAUGCUAGCGGGUUCUUCGGUGACUCCAUCUCCUCGUCUCCGACAUCUAGUCCGAUAGCGUCUCCCCGAGUGUCCCUAGCAAAGACCCCAGCUGAAGUGCCUAAACCGAGGAUGGAAGAAGAGUCGCCCGAAGUCUACCUGGAAAGAUUGACCGAGGCUGUGAGUAAAGCGGAGGUAGCCACGGUACUGGCUUCGAGUGCGGACUCCUUUCACACCCGCGCUUUACGGGCCUAUAUUGCUCGCUUUGAUUUUACUUCCGAUCCAUUAGACGUUGCUCUUCGCAAGCUGCUCAUGGAUGUCGGCCUCCCGAAGGAAACUCAACAAAUUGAUCGAGUUAUCGAGGCAUUUGCGACCAGAUACAAAGAGUGUAACCCCAAUCUCUUCACAUCGGACGAUCAUCCAUAUAUCCUAGCUUUUAGUUUAAUCAUGUUGCAUACCGACGCUUUUAAUAAGUCCAACAAAAGGAAGAUGACAAAGCCCGACUACGUGAAGAACACUAGACUUCCUGGUGUCCCUUCUGAGGUCUUAGAUUGCUUCUACGAUAAUAUCGUUUUUGUGCCAUUCAUCUUCAUCGAAGAUCCUCUGGACAUAAACGGUCAGCGAGGCUUAUUAACCGAAGGUGGCCCGUCUCGCGUCAAUGCCGUCGGGGGAGUUGCAUCGAGCCCGGCAACUGGCAGUACAACAAAUCUUCUGGGUCGCGGUUCGAAGAUUGAUCCCUACUAUCUGAUCACGCGGAAUUUGCUUGAUUCUCUUCGUGUCGAUGUGGAGUCCUUCGUACCCUUGGAAAAUCCCUACUCCUACGAAGGUACACUGGGUCCUUGGAAUGAAGAAGAACUGCGCCAUGCGUUCGCGAAGGCCGGUGUCAUCGAGAUCAACACCUUCGACAACCGUCGAAUGUCUCAGCAACCCUACUUUGCAUUGUCGGUGAACGGUCUUUCUAGUCCAAUGAUGAGCUCUAUAGGAGCAUUGCCUGAACCGGUAGUUCGCGAGAUGAUGACCAUCAAGGUCACCAAGGUUGGCCUGCUGAACCGCAAAGACGAUACAGUUGAAGGCGGCAAGAAAGCACUUAGCAGGAAGUGGCGGGAAUGGAGCGUGGUUUUGACAGGGUCGCAGCUCCUGCUCUUCCGGGACCCGUCAUGGGCAAACAGCCUCAUGGAACAAGUACGAUCGUCCGAUGGCCAUGUGCUCUUCCCUCCGGAUGCUGUCCUGAGGCCAGAUGAAUUGAUAUCUGUCAAAGACUCAGUGGCCGUGUUUGAUCGUUCGUACACGAAGCAUGAACAUACUUUGCGUUUUGUCAUGCCUGAUGGCCGCCAAACUCUCCUUCAGGCGCCCAACGACCAUGAGUUAAAUGAAUGGAUUUCUCGCAUAAAUUAUGCGAGCGCUUUCAAAACUGCCGGCGUUCGAAUGAGGAGUAUGGGCAUGACGGGUAAAGAAGUGGAGCUUACAGGUGUUGCUGCUGCAGCAUCUCACUUGAAGGAUAUACAACAUUUGGCAUCACCGUCGUUACGGACCCGGACAUGGUCUGAUCUUUCAUCUGACCAAUCAAGCCACGCAAUACCCGUGCCCAAUGUGCUUGCCGAUGUCCGACCUCUUGGAUCCAGGAGGAAUACCGUCCAUGUUCGCACCAGUGGCAGUUUCGAAGACACGGCUGGUGUACCGGAGACCGAGAGCAGCCGCCAAUUCCAAGCCACGUUCGAGGAAAUCAAGGCUGACUUGGCAGCAGGCCGCUUGACGCUAUCUGACGAUUCCUCGACUACUAAUGGGCGGCCCCGUGCAGGAAGCUCAGCUUCCUCGUUACGAUCCCCCAUGUCGGACGAGACUGAUGGAUCUGGUUUUCUGUCACGGACAGAAGUUAUACGCUCGAAAGUGCGCGACUUGGACUCUAGAAUCUCUGCCGCGCAAACACAGCUUGACGCAGAUAUGCGUUUCGUUCGCAACAUCGCUAUUUUGACUCCAUUCCAGCGCAGCACUCGUGAUCGCCUACAGACUGCCGUCCAGAACGUCUCAAGACGGAUCACACAGGUACGGCUUGAGAUGGCCAAGUUGCUAUGUCACCGGGAAGUGCUGUCCAACGACUUGAUAGCAGAGGAGCGCGAUUGGUACCGGAACAAGAAGGUCGCCCUCAGAGCCGCCAAGGAAAUGCUGGAGAAUACAGUCGACUCAGGAGUACCUCGUAUGACACUGUCAAGACAUAGCGAUCACGCCCCAACCGACCCUCAACCUGUGCCCCGUCAGCAGCCUUCCGGCUCACAGAGGCCCGAAUCCUCGAUACGCGAAUCAUUCUAUUCUGCAUUGGACUUCGGAGUCGACUCCUCAUCUUACAGUGCGUCAGUGGAGGAACCGAAUGGUCACUCCAGUUUUCCGCAUACCUCUCAAUUUGUUGAUUCCCCGUUUGGUACGCCUUUCUCCUACGCAGGCGCUGCCAGCUCCGUUGGCUCUAUCUCUGUCCAUGAUCACGACACCGCCGUCGAGACGCACGGCGUGGGGAAUGCAAUACGUUCGGCCGAGUUCAACCGUGCCGAAGGCGUUGGAGGCGGACAAACGCAUGAGCGAUUUUACACCGCUCCUGAAGUUCCUGAAGAGGCGGAAGACUGGAACAAGACCCGUGCUGCCAAGCGUGUUUCACUGGUUAAGUUGCCCUCCGAUUUGCGGAUAUCGAUGCUUUUUGGCAAGACAAGACCUUUGCAGGCUGACAAUCCGUCAAGUAUACCAGAGACUUCUGUGCCCUCGUCUCCUACCAGGAGUCGCAGCAACACGUUCGAUCGGACAGGGCUAGCAUACGCAAUGUUUGACAUUUAGUACGUCUACUUCAGCUGUUCUUUGACCUUGCAUAUAGGGACAUUGUCGCUCUUUACGUUGCUCUCAUUACUAUUUAAUGGGUAAUAUCGCACUUGUAUUUCUAGCUGGAUGUAUAACCGUACCACUGUGCCCGCUUUACAACCGCUCUAGACUGCAGGCCACUGUUGACAAAGCCCGCGACAUUCGAUUGACCGUGAUUGCAGCAGCAUCGAAG